AUGACUGUGGAACAAGAUAUUGAAGCACUUGACCAGUUUCCGGUGGGGAUGAGAGUUCUUGCCGUUGACGAUGACCAAACUUGUCUCCGAAUUCUCCAAACUUUGCUUCAUCGCUGCCAAUACCACGUUACAACAACGAACCAGGCACAAACAGCAUUGGAGUUGUUGAGGGAGAACAAGAACAGGUUCGAUCUCGUAAUUAGCGAUGUUGACAUGCCAGACAUGGAUGGUUUCAAGCUGCUUGAGCUCGUUGGUCUUGAAAUGGACUUACCUGUCAUAAUGUUAUCUGCGCAUAGCGAUCCAAAGUAUGUGAUGAAAGGAGUCAAGCACGGUGCUUGCGACUAUCUGCUUAAACCGGUUCGAAUCGAGGAGCUCAAGAACAUAUGGCAACACGUGGUGAGAAAAGGCAAGCUCAAGAAGAAGACGAGCAGUGUGAGUAAUGGUGGUGAAUAUGGUGGAGACUCUGAUCAUAACGGCGUGAGAGCAAACAGAAAACGUAAAGAUCAGUUUGAAGAGGAGGCAGAAGAAGAAGAAAGAGGGAACGAAAACGAUGAUCCAACGGCUCCAAAGAAGCCUCGUGUUGUCUGGACCCGUGAGCUGCACAACAAAUUCCUAGUAGCUGUUGAUCAUUUGGGCGUUAAGGAAGCUGUACCAAAAAAGAUUCUUGACAUGAUGAAUGUUGACAAGCUCACAAGAGAGAACGUUGCAAGCCACCUUCAGAAAUUCCGAGUAGCCUUGAAGAAGAUAACUGAUGAGGCCAACCAACAAGCUAACAUGGCGGCCAUUGACUCACAUUUCAUGCAAAUGAGUUCUCUCAAAGGAUUUGGCAGCUUCCACCACAACCACCACCACCACCACCGCCAAAUUGGCUCCGGUCAGUACCACAAUGGUGCCACAGCGAUGAGACAUUAUCCUUCCAACAUGACUCUUGGUCGCCUAGAUUCACUUGCAGGAAGGUUCCCAAAUGUCUCAUCAUCGCUGCCUCGUAACCAUAAUGAUGGAGGAUACAUACUUCAAGGAUUGCCAAUGGCUUCUCCGAGCUUAACUUCACAGCAAAGCUCUCUAAUGGCUUCUCCUAGUAAUCUCUUACUUCUCAAUGGUCAACCGCAGACAUCACCUCCCUCCUUAAACCCUGGAUUUUCUCCUCGCUUUGAUAUCAACAAGCGUCUAGAUCAAUGGUCAAACGCUGCAUUGUCAACCAACAUUCCACAGAGUGAUGUCCAUUCAAAACCAGACGCCUUGGAAUGGAACCUGCUCAACUCAAACCUUGACACAAAUCCGACAACUUUCUGCACAAACACAGAUUUCGGAUCCUCAAAUGCUGCACAAGCAAACUGUUUUGAGAUACAGAGGAGGGAGCAUGGUAUAGAGGAAGGUUUAUGCAUGGGACAACAAAAGCAACAGAGCGGCUUCAUGGCCUCAGAUGCUGGUUCCUUGAAUGAUAUAGUCAACUCCAUAAUGACAAAGGAAGAGAGCCAAGCUGAGUUCUCGGAAGGAGAUUUGGGGUUUGGAUGGUUUAGCCCACUCAGAACAUGUAUAUGA